ACAAGUCUACUUUUUUAGUACUUUUUUAAUAAUAAAAGGAGAUUUAAAAGUUUAUGUUCAGAAAAAAAUGGCGGAGCCGGUCGAGAUAGUGAAAGCUCGCUUUGACAAGAGGGACUACAAGAGAAUCGUUCUUGAUAACUCUCUUCAAGUUCUUCUCAUCAGCGACCCUGAAACUGAUAAGUGUGCUGCUUCAAUGGAUGUCUCUGUAGGCUCUUUUAGUGAUCCCAGUGGUCUUGAAGGCCUUGCCCAUUUUCUUGAACAUAUGCUCUUCUUUGCAAGUGAGAAGUAUCCCCUGGAAAGUAGCUAUUCGAACUACAUCUCCGAGCAUGGAGGGUCAACAAAUGCUUUUACAUCUUCUGAACACACCAACUUUUACUUCGAUGUUAACAAUGACGGUUUUGAAGAAGCUUUAGAUAGAUUUGCACAGUUUUUCAUCAAUCCAUUAAUGUCGGCUGAUGCUACAACAAGGGAGAUAAAAGCUGUUGAUUCAGAAAAUCAGAACAACUUAUUAUCGGAUGUCCACAGAAUCUAUCAGCUUGAGAAACAUCUGAGUUCAAAAGACCAUCCAUACCACAAGUUUGGGACAGGGAGCUGGGAGACUUUGGAAGUACGUCCAAAGGAAAUAGGAUUAGAUAUAAGGCAGGAACUUCUCAAGUUCUAUGAGGAAAAUUAUUCAUCCACCUUGAUGCAUCUGGUUGUUUACUCAAAAGAAUGUGUUCCAGAAAAUUCCAAAUACACACAGAAGUUUCGUUCCUGAUUGUGGUCAGCCUUGCACAUCAGAACAUCUACAGAUUCUUGUGAAAGCGGUCCCAAUAAAACAAGGUCACAAGUUGAGCAUCAUAUGGCCAGUCACUCCCGAACUUCUUCACUACAAAGAAGGACCUAUCAAGUAUAUAAGCCACUUGAUUGGCCAUGAAGGAGAGGGUUCUGUGUUUUACUGUUUGAAGAAGUUAGGUGGGUUCUCAACUAUAACUUCAAAAGGUUACAAGGUUUUCCUAAAAAAAGGUUACAAGAUUU